GGGGAGCUGCGGACCGGGACGCGAGCGGAAAAGAUUGACCCAAGGAGGCUCCCGUCUCAGGCCGGGUGGGGAUGAUGACGACUGAGAGACGGUCCUCCGAAGGGACGCUCCUCCUUCCCCCGCCGAAGCCGCUCCUUUUUCUAUUGGUAGGAUGAGAUGGCCAUCCACAAAGAGGGGCCGGCUCCCGGUAGGAUAGUUGCUUCCCAUUGGUCAAAAGGGCGGAGGGCGGGCCGGAGUGGGGGAGGGGGCGGGGACCGCUGCCGCCUCAGUCGCCGCCGCCUCUUCAGCCGAGAAUCCCGCUCCGGCCCCGGCCCCGGCCCGGCCUCGGCCCCGGCUCCGGCUCCGGCUCCCCUUCCGCCGCCGCCGCCGCCGCCGCCGCCAUCGUCGCCGCUGUAGCCUCCUGCGCUGCCCGCUGCAGGUGACUAGCUCCGGGGCAGCGCCGCCCGGAGCCGCCGGCGCCUCGUCAUGUCCACCGAGGACGAGCGGGCCCGGGAGAUCCUGAGGGGCUUCAAGCUAAAUUGGAUGAACCUUCGGGAUGCUGAGACAGGGAAGAUCCUUUGGCAGGGAACGGAAGACCUGUCUGUCCCUGGUGUGGAGCAUGAAGCCCGUGUCCCCAAGAAAAUCCUCAAAUGUAAGGCCGUGUCUCGGGAGUUGAACUUUUCUUCAGCAGAGCAGAUGGAAAAAUUCCGCUUGGAGCAAAAAGUCUAUUUUAAAGGGCAGUGUCUAGAAGAAUGGUUCUUCGAAUUCGGCUUCGUGAUUCCUAAUUCCACAAACACCUGGCAGUCCUUGAUAGAGGCAGCGCCAGAGUCCCAGAUGAUGCCGGCAAACGUCUUAACUGGGAAUGUGAUCAUAGAGACCAAGUUCUUCGACGACGACCUCCUCGUCAGCACGUCCAGAGUGAGACUUUUCUACGUUUGAGAGAAGGGUGUGUGUGUAUUUCCAGGAUCUGGGUUUUGGGUUUUCGGGGUGGGGGGAGGGAAGGGAGCUGUUUUACUUUCCUCCACACCCCCUUUUUUGGCAUCACCACCACUUCUGACUCCCUCUGGCCAACACGAACUGCAUCCCCCAGCUGACCAGCUCUGUAGAGGCAGCCAGCUGGUCUCUUUCCACCUGUGCCCAGCCUUCACUGACCAGCCCAACCUUCCCCACCCCAGAACAGGACAAGGAGGGGAGCCAAGAGCCCUGUCCAGUUGUAAAUACAGUUGGAUGAACACUGACCAGGAGCCCGCCUCGCGAAUGGCAUCCUCCCCCUCCUGCUCCCCUCAGCCCCUGCUUUCGGAUAAAGUUCAUUUUCCAACCCCAUGUUUAGUUUUCAUUGUUUCAUGUCUUCAUACACUUGUAAAAUAGGCUGUGAUAUUAUUACAUAAUGUAAUUAAAACCAGUUUAUGAAUUAAAACAUU